AUGAAGGUACCCCCUGUGCGCCGCACGUCGUCCGACGCGUCGAGUCAUUACUCGCCAUAUCCGCCAACCUCGUCGCUCCCCACAUUUUCCCAGCCGGGCCCACCGGCACGCACAAACUCGACCCCAACCAUCCCAGAAUCGCCCAAUCCCGGCCCCGAGCAGCCGACUUACAAGGUCGCCCGUGCCAUUUCGUCAUGUACACGCUGCCGUUCGCGCAAGCAGAAAUGCGACGGCAAGCUCCCGGCAUGCUCCGCGUGUGAGCGCGCAAAGGUUGAGUGCAUUGGCUUUGACGCUAUCUCCAAGACCAACGUCUCGCGCAACUACCUCCACCAACUGGAGCAGGAGGUCGCUUCGUUGCGUGCUCAGGUGGCGUCGUUGCAGUCGGGAGGCGGUGGUGGCGACCCCGUCGGGCGCACCAAGCGCGACAUUGGUGCCAGUUCUUCCCAUACGGUUAGCUCGUUUGGCGGUUCGUCGGGCCUGGCUAUCGACCCAACGUUGCAGGGUCCGGAGGGCGAGCCACCAAUGCGUUCGCCGUGGGACUCGCCGUCAGGAAUACCCAGCCGGAGACCUGACUAUCCCCUUCCGCUCAACAACAGCGACUCGCCCCGAUCGCCAGUCGUCGGCAGCAGCAGCAGUCGGCGAUCGGUGUCUCGGGAGCGGAAUCAGAACCCGAUAACCUCGGGCGCCGCUGCCGCGACCUCACUUACGCGCAUGGUGCAAGACGCUGCGUUGCGUACUGGUCACGCCGUGUCGGGCUCAUCGGGCGCGACGCUUUUCAACUCGUCCAACGGCCGCGCGGGAGAGUCGCCAAGCGACAGCAAGGACUCACCUGUUACCCAUAUGGAUCAUGACCGCGAGGGCGAUUACCACAUGUCCCCAGAGCGCGUCGUUACGCCGAGGUCAGCUGCGAUGCAAGCGCCGAGCGGACGCGCGCCCUCCGCUUCGUCGUCGUCGGGCAGGCGGACGCGCCGUGCCUUCGUCGUGCCCCCUCUCCCGCCGCAGCCGGCCGUUGAGCGUCUUGUGGCGGCGUACGUCGACUUCGUCGGCGUCACUGCGCCCAUCAUCCAUAUCCCGACCCUCGGCAAGCAAUUACAGCGCAUGCGUGAGGGCGUCGACGUCGACGAGAGCGACGUCUUUGUCGUAAUGAUGGUGCUGGCGCUGAGCUCAAUGGCGAGUUCACGCUUUGUCAACCCACCAGACGAGUUACGCACUUGUUCAGAGGCGUUCCACAAUGAGGCGCUCAAUCACCUUGAUUCGGUGUUCGAGUCGCAGAACUACAUCAGUCUGCAGGCGAUCCUGCUCCUUGUGUGGUAUUCGCUACUCAACCCGGACAAGGGCUCCAUUUGGUUCCUUGUUGGCCUCGCGACGCGCACCUGUGUUGACCUCGGCUUCCACAACGAGAACAACUCCCAGACUGAGAAGGUUGACAACCUGGAGCUCGACAUGCGCCGCCGCCUCUUCUGGAUCACGUACAAGAUGGACCGACUUCUCUCGCAGUCUCUCGGCCGUCCGCCCAGCAUCCCGGACGGGUUCAUCUGCGCCGCCUUGCCGGCGGUCCAGCACGAUGUUGACAUCAAGCCGGGCCAGUACGGGCCGUACACGGGCGAACCCUGUGCGUACAAGGCCGUGUUCGUGCACACAGUCAAGCUCCGCCAGCUGCAGUCGGAGAUCUUGAACAACACAUAUGGUGUCAACAAUCAGCCCGCGCCCAAGGAGGAGUGGUUCGACGACAUGUUUGAGCGGCUCAAGUCGUGGCUCUCCAGUGCGCCGGAACCGCGUGGCACCGUUUCGACAGAGGGCUAUGCCAUCUCGUUCCACAACUCGUGUCUGCUGCUCUUCCGCCCAUCUCGCGGCAACCCCAAGCCGAGCCGCACCGCGUUGGGCACUGUUCUGGCCAGUUCAAGCUACAUCAUCCGCAUCUACCGCAGGAUGCAGAUCAACAACCGCAUCAGCUGGCUGUGGAUGACGAGUCAUUUCUCGUUCAUGGCCGGACUCUCCUACCUGUACGCGUUCUACAACUUGUACAGCUUGGGCGACGGGCGUGUCCCCUCGCUGGACGAAGCGAUGGUUGACGUUGACUCGUGCCUUGCCGUUCUCGAAUACCUUGCACCGCGUGUGCCUUCGGCCCAGGCGUGUCACGACACUAUGAAGAGCGUGUCGCAGGCCAUCAUCGAGCAACUCUCCAAAAUGUCGCCUCCGCGCAAGGACGGGCUUCCUCAGGCGCGUUCUCCCGGUGGUCGGUUCCGCGCCGCGGCACUCAGCUCGGCGCGCGACGACCCGUUGCCGAACGACGCGACGUUCCCCGCGCCGCUCCCGCCCACGACGCUCCCGUACGAGCUCACUCUCCUCGAGCAUCUCUUCCUUAACCCUCUCACCUCCCAUCACAAGGCAUCAGGAUACACGAACGGAGCCAAGGCCGCCGCGGCGGCUGCGCAGGUCCGUAAGAGCUGCACCAAGGUGAGCGUGCGCAACGACGCCGCGGCGACGACAAGGACCCAGGGCAGUAUUCCCGCGAGCCUGCCGCCAAGCGCGUUCCACUCGUUCGGGCCGUACGGUAUUGCCGCACAGGUUUCGGGCGGCAAUCAGGGCACGCCGUCGCUCGCGAGCGUCGCUGGCGCGUGGCUCGGUAGCAGCUCGGGGCAGGCAGCAACGAGUGCGGUCGUUCCCGGCGCGCCGUCAGGCGUUCCGAACGCGAUCAACGCCGAGCUCGCACUCUCGGGCAUGACUGGCGGUGACACGAACGGUACUGGUGCAGCAGACGCGACUGGCGUCGACCCUUCCGCAAGCUUUGACAUCUUCUCAUUCCUCAUGGACGAGGAGGGCGGUUUGAACGGCCUCAACACGGGAUGGAACGCGCUGGAUGUGCCUGCCGACUUCCCGCUAUGGAGCUAG